UGAAAUAUCUCAUUCCAGAUUGUUUUGGGCACUUUCUACCUCCUUAUUUUCUACAUCAAGCAAUUCAAAAGGAGGUGUCUUGUACUAACUGGCCAAAAGCAAAAGGAGGACUCUUUCUUCUUUCUUUGUAUUGAUUUCACAGAUAUCUAAUCUCCCUGCUUCUGGGUUUUACAUCAACAAAAGCUUGAAUCUUUAUCAGUGUGUGAACUCCAAGUUCACUUCAAUCUCUUUUGGAUAUUGCUUCUUCCAUGGCCAUCAAAGCCUUCAGCUUUUCUCGGGUCUAAUAAGUAAAUCUUUUAUCAGAUUCAAUCUGGGUUUUCUCUGAUUGUGGAAACUAACCUGGUUUCUAGUGUGAUGAGAUUUUGAAGUGGGGUGUUGCUGUAAAGUUCAUCAAUGGCAACCCAAGAUUUGGUUGAGGUCAAAUUCAGAUUAUCUGAUGGCACCGACAUAGGUCCACACAAGUUUAGCCCAGCUGCUACUGUAGCAUCACUCAAAGAGAAAAUACUAACACAAUGGCCCAAAGAGAAAGAAAAUGGUCCAAGGACGAUAAAUGAUUUGAAGCUUAUUAAUGCGGGAAAGAUACUGGAAAACAACAGGACACUUGCUGAUUCUAGACUUCCAGUUGGUGAACUCCCAGGAGGUCUCAUCACUAUGCAUGUGGUUGUGCGUAUUCCUGUUGCAGACAAAAAGAGUGAUAAAUUGCAGAAUGAUUCACCGGAGACACCUCGAUGUUCAUGCACAAUAUUGUAGCUCCAGGUAACAAGCAAGGCAGAGCUUCCUCAGUUUCUUAGUUUCACGCAUGUAUUCUUCAUUCAUUGCUGAUGAGAUCUCAGUUCCCAAUCACAAGGGGCAGCAAGAAGUUCAUAAACCCAUCAGCUCUGGCUUUUGUUACUUUGAAUCUUAUUGUUCCGUCUGUAAAACACCAUUUUCAGUUCUAUAUUGCAUGUGAUUUGUUAUGAAACAUGAACCACACUGUUGGAUUGGGAGCUUCGGAUUUGUUGGCGCCCAUGCAAACAAGUGGUAAAAGAGAGGGAAAAAAAAAAAGAAAAAGCAGAAGAACAGAGAGCAAUUGAUCUGAUUGAUUUGAGAGUUUUAUUGUAAACCCAUUGUUGUUUGUGGUACAAGAAAUAUCUUUCUUUCACUUGUAUA